CCUCGAGAAAGAGGACCUCUACCCGGAAACGAUCAUCGGCUUCAGGCAGCACCUCAGUACCCAAGACGCAAUGAUUCAACUCAAGCACCAGAUCAUCGACGGCAACACCAGCGACAACAAAGCGAUAUUGGGACUCGAUCUGCAGAGCGCCUUCGACAAGAACUGCCGAGCUCAGAGCGGGGGAUCUCCAAGCGCAAGAGAAGAAGCUGGGAAGCACAGGCACACCUCAAGGAUCAGUCAUCUCGCCGAUGCUUUUCAACCUGGUGAUGAUAGGAGUGGCCGAAAGGCUCGGAAACAUCAAGGAAGUUCGACACACGAUAUACGCGGACGACAUAACGCUGUGGGUGGAAGGGGGCAGCGAUGCCCACAUCGAAUCCACUCUACAGGCGGCUGUCGACGCGAUCGAAGACCACCUUGACGGAACGGGGCUCAGGUGCUCGCCGAGCAAGUCGGAGCUCCUUGUAUACCCGCCCGUCAAGCACCGCAAACCCAAGAGCAGCCCGAGAAACUACGAGGCAAUCAAAGUGAAGAGCAGAGAAGGAAACGAGAUCCCAAGAGUCACCAAGAUCAGAAUCUUAGGAAUGACGAUCGAGACGCACGGCAGAAACGGUGACACUGUCACCCGGCUCAUAGCGAAAGCGGCAAACGCCACGAGACUACUCAAGCGAGUCACGACCAAGAAAAGUGGAAUGAGGGAAGAGAGCCUGAUCAGACUCAUCCACUCGUUUGUCAUAUGCCACGUAGCGUACGUGGCGGCCUACCACAAGUGGAAGAAGAGCGAGAGAAACAAGAUAAAUAUACUCAUCCGUAGGGCCUUCAAGACGGCAAUGGGACUGUUCGAAACAACGAGCACCAACCGCCUCCUGCAGCUGGGGGUGCACAAUACGCUAGAGGAGAUAGCGGAAGCCCAACGCAACGCUCAACUCGAAAGACUAUCUACGACCAAGGCCGGCCGGAAAAUCCUGGACAACCUGGGAGUUGGCUACCAAGGCAGGGAGCGGACGCAGCUCCCCAUCCCCGAUGAGAUCAGGAACAACAUCAGAGUGGACUCUAUACCGAGGAACAUGCACCCGGAGUAUAACAAAGGGAGGAGAGCGGCGAGAGCCAGGGCCCUGAUAGAUCAGCACGCGGCCGACGGACACGCACGCUACGUGGACGCGGCUGAAUACGCCAAGCUACACGGUUUCACGACAGUUGUCGUCGACGCGACCGGCACCGUUCGCACGACCGCCAGCACGAGAUGCACCAAGGCAGAACAAGCGGAGGAGGUAGCCAUCGCCCUGGCCAUCGCCGACCGCGACUGCCACACGGUGCUGUGUGACUCGAGGCAGGCGGUGAGGAAUUAUGCCAAAAGCAUGAUAUCGAAGGAAGCGGUGCGCAUACUGCAGUCAACCAAGAACGACGGCGGCAGCAAACAAGUGAGAAUCAAAUGGUUCCCCGCGCACGCGGGCGAGGCGUCGGAUCGAAACGCCAACCACAACGAGACAGCACAUGCCGAGGCGCGCGCGCUAACGGACCGCGCCUCGACCGACUGGCCGCUGUGGUUCAGCACCAAGGACCGAAUGACCGACUACAACGAGAUAACCAAGGCUUUCCGCCUAGCUCGCAGAACUCUCCCACCACCUUGCUCGGGGCUCAGUCGAGAACAAGCCGUUUUAUUUAGACAGCUGCAGACGGGCUCACUCCCCAGCCCAUUGCUGAUGCAUAGAAUGUAUCCCGAGGCGCACCCGACAGACAAGUGCAGAGUCUGCCGAAGGGAGACGGCCGGCUUCGCACAUAUGCUGUGGGAUUGUAUCAAGUACCCGGAAGAAUCAAAGUCUGGGAGCAUCCCGCUGCGACUUGAAGCAGCCGCAGGGAGCGAUAAUCAAGAACAACAACUCUGGGCCGUCCAGCAGGUCAUCGGGGCGCUGGCCCGGCAGGGACCCAGCGCCCAGAAGACGAUGUAGGCCCCGUCCGGAGCGCGCGCGCAAGCGCGCGUUUUACUGCAGGCUAAAAUAAAGUUUACC